UGGAUUGGCCUAGACGAAUAUGGGAUCCGAGAUUGGACGCGUCCAUACUUGGAUCCAACAUUGGACGGAUAUUUUUUCAGGCCAUUCUGGGAUAAAACAUAGAACAUACGUCCAUUCUAAGAUUGCACUGAAAUAGUCAGGCGAAUCUAAGAUUGGACUAGUCCAAUGUUAGAAUGAAAGAUAAAUGCGGCGAAUCUCAGAUUGGCCUAGGCCAAUAUUGGAAUGAAUUGUGAACUUCACAAAUUCUUUGUGACAUAGAGAGGCUACUUCGCUCUAUAUAACUAACCUAACGAGUAAUAGCCAUAUGAAGAGUUUUGAGAAAAUUAGUUGAAAUCAUUCUUAAAGUCAUUAAUAUAAUUCAAGAGUUAACGCUGCGCUUCAAGGUGCUGUUUUCAUUACUAUGAAUGGCAAUUUAUUGGUGACCAGUGCUUCAUCGACACCUAAAACAACCAAUGAAAUUUCCAAUGUAAUCGUUGAUGGAAAUGAUACUAUCAUUGUUAACGGUAAUGAAGAAAUGACCAAGGAUAAUGCUGGUCGUUCCAAUGAAGAAAAGACAUUCUAUUCUAAAGUCAAUGAUUACCGAGCCGGCUUGAAAUAUCCCGAAAAAGCUAUGCUUUCAUUGGACUAUUAUCGUAAGAUUAUUCAUGCUUUAAAGUAUCCAAAAGGCGGUAAGAGCAGCGGUAUUGAUGCAAAAUAUCAUGGAUGGUGUAAACAUCAUUUUAAAAUUGACAAUACUUCUGGAGUUGACAUAUUAUGCUCAUUAAAGACUGAUCGACGAAUUGUUACCUUGGAAUCAUAUUAUACAGUUUUGAACGAUGUUCAUGAGAAAACUGGUCACGGAUCUCGGGAUAAAAUGAGGCAUGAGGUCAGUCAGCAUUACUAUUGGAUACCAUCAACCAUCAUUGAUCUUUACUUGACGUGCUGUGUUGCAUGUCAACUCAGAAAAUCAGUCAAAAGUCAUGUCGUGUCAACAGCAAUCAUAUCACUCGGGUUUUUGACAAGAUUACAAAUGGAUCUUAUUGAUCUCCGAACACGUCCUGACGGUGAAUAUCAGUGGAUUUUACAUUGUCGUGAUCACUUCUCCAAGUUUUCUUGGGCUUUUCCCAUGAAAACAAAAGAAGCUCGAUUUGUUGCUGAACACUUGGUCUCCCUAUUCUACCAAUUUGGACCGUGUAAAAUUCUUCAGUCAGACAACGGCAAAGAAUUUACUGCUAGCGUUAUUAAAGAUCUGAAAAUUGUAUGGCCAGGGCUUGUCAUCAUCAACGGGCGCCCCCGUCAUCCUCAAAGUCAGGGGUUGGUAGAACGUGGCAAUGCUACUUUAUGCGAUGUUUUGGGCAAAUUUAUGACUGACCGGAACACUACACAUUGGACUACUUGCCUUCCUCCAGUGGUUUAUUCACUAAACACUAGUCUAGCUCGCGGUGUAAACAUGACGCCUUAUGAAAUUGUUUUCGGCCAGAAACCAAGAGUUGAUUUCGAAAUAUGGAAAUCAUUAAGUGAACAAGAAAAUGAAGAGGAUUUGCCUGAUACAGUAUUGAAUCAACUUACAGCAGACAUUGAUUUGAAUCUCAUGCCUAAUGACGUACACAACGCCGAUGUCAUUAAUACUCAAAAAUUCAAUAUUUCAUCAACUGUAUUAUCUGAUGCAUCGAGUUCAAUUGACUUACCAAUAUCCAAUACAGUUGCCCAAUUAGCUGAUGCAAUACAUUCAACUGUUGCUAUUUCAUCAUCACAAGUAAACUGUUCUGUUGAUACUCAUACCGAAAGUGAAGAAACUUCACAACGUUUUGAUGAAACAAGCACAUGCAAUUUAGGUGCAAUGAAUUCAGCACAUUUACCAAUACGUAAGCGCGCCCAAGAAGUAUAUUUAGCGAAUGCUAAUAAAAGGAUCAAAACGCGAAAUUUACAUAUUGAAGAGUUGUGGUCUAGUUGCUCGGUUGGUGACUACGUUGGUAUCAAGAUCGACAAGGUCGAUAGAACGAAUACGGAUCCCAAGAUACUACCAUCGGUUGUACUUGAAAAGCGUGAUGACAAAAAGAUCAAAGUUGCAUGUCUGUUUGGUGUCAUCAAUCAAUGGUGGUCACUGGAGUCAGUUGUCAAACUUUCUGCCGUAUCAGAGCAACUAGUUCAGAUGGACAAAACAGAGUUAAAAGAAAUAUCGAUCAUUACUGCCUCUAAACUAUUUGUUCAUGAUGCAAUAAAUGGAAGUACCUGCUCCUGCAAAGGUGCUUGCAAAACUAAACAAUGUGCCUGCAAGAAGAACAAUGUCUUCUGCUCUACAAAGUGCCAUAAAAAUGGUUCAAGUUGCGAAAAUCAAGGACCUUAA